GUUGUCUGCGUCAAUUCUCGGGGAAAUGUGUCUCACAUCGAAGAAAUUAGUAAUUUUAUUGUUAAUUAAUCUCUGGGUUGCCCUAGGGGAUGACGAGAGGAGACGAAAAAGAUUUCUCUUCUAUAGAUCCAAUGCCAUCAGCGAAAGAGCUUGCAUUUGUCCUACCGAGCAGUCUUGCAGUUGUUGUGAGGAUGUCGUACUUUUGCUCAUUAAAACACAGAGAAGGCUCUGUGCAAAUUUGAUGUACCAACGGAACGGUCUGAAUGUCGACAUCUCCCUGGAUUCAAAUCCCGUGAGAUCAAUUACAAUAACAAACUACAGACCGAUAACAAUCUGCAAUCAAGUCCCGGGGAGUUUAUUCUCAAGAGUAUGCCUGAGUCUCGUAGAACUGAACGAAUUCCCACGAUCGCUGACUGUCUGCCCGCGAUUUCAAAUAACGACGAAGAAUCAGGAGUGGAGAAUUAAUUACACGUGUGUGAGUAUUUCUACAGAGCUUCCAACUCCUGGUGAACCUCCAGCUGAUGGCGCUAACACGACUGCGGGUUCAAUGAGUGGAAUGAUUGUGGCUUCAAGCACCAGUUCUUCGGAACCAGGAAAUUCCACUGGUGGAAGUCCUCCUGGAGAGGAUGCAGAGAAUGAAGAAAAUGGGGAUGAUACGAUGAAUGGAGCAGUAAUUUCUACGGGAGGACCACCUGGGGGAUCUCCUGGAGGAUCACUUGGAGGACCACUUGGAGCACCAUCCGGGGGAUCACCUGGAAGACCACCUGGAGGACCACCUGGAGGACCACCUGGAAGCUCCACAGAUUCUCUAGGUGGAUCUGCAGAGGCCCUUGCAGCUCUCACCGCUCUACAAUACCGAGUUCAACCCUAUGGAGCUAGUGAUCGAUCCAAACACUUCCCCAGUCGUCUUCCACCAGCUUAUGCUGCUGAUUUCAAACACAAUUCUACAUCAAGCACUGGAGUAAAAUUGAAGUCGAUUGUGAAAACGAGGGAGGAAAGAAAGACAAAAUUUUAGAAGGUAAAUAGAAAUUUUGGGUGGAGUAUUCCAUGAGAAUGAAUAAAAAUGUGGCAAUUGAGGUAAGUCAAUUACUAGAUUUUUUAACAAUUGAAAAUUAAGUUUAAUUUGGUAAUUUUAUAUGAAAAUUAUAUGAAAAAUCACAGAAACUGUACAAUUCAAAAUCGAUAGCUCCA